AUGUAUGCACCAAAGAAUGUGUGUGAUCCUUCGAGCUCUGGAAUGGCACCCGCUCGUCCUUCCGGUUUCAUAAUACCACCUCCUCAAAUGGCGCCGUGCAAGCCUGAGCGCAAAGAGUGCAUAAAGCAGUUCCGAUCCAUUACAGACCAACAAUGGCCUGGUAUGAUGUACAAAAAGAUCUUGAACGACAUCGAGGCGAAGAAUACUUGCAGAAAAUUGGUGGCAGACAUCGACGGUAAUCGUGAAUACCUCCAAAGUCAAUUGGCUCUCAAAGGACCCAGUAUCAGGAAGAGAUGGGAGGAGUUGAAAGACAGCCAACGGGAGACGGUAAUGAAGAGAGUCGAUCCAAAAAUGUAUGAGAAUAAAUGGAUGGAACCUGUCUUGGGACACAAGUUCCGGUAUGCAAACCACAGCAUCGACUGUAGGAAGGAUUAUCGCAACAUCCACUUGCUUCCAUACAUCAAUCUGCAAGCAUUGAAGGAACACCCUUCCCCGCUUCUAGACUUGUUCCAACACCGAAGCAACUUCAGUCCUGCAGAACUUGCCUCAUUCGACAAUCGCAUGCUUGACUUCGGCUGGACUUCCGGUACUCUCGAUGUUUAUUUCAAUAGAAACAGUGUUACUAUGCUUGGUCCCCAAUUUGGAAAACUUGUUCCUUGGGACGAGAGUGCUGUACAUAGUUGGGAGACUGUUGGAUUUCCACGCGCUCACCUCAUACUGGCAGCGCAGCACCAGCUGCUAAGCUUUCUUCGGGGUAUGUUCGAUGCUCUCAUAUUCGACAUCGACAGGCUAUCCAUUAUUAGUCAGACUCGAUUUGCUCUUGCCCAGGAUCACUUGUCCCAGCUGCAAACCGAUCCAGCGUAUAUGCAGCGCUACACAAAGUUGAUUUUGGAGGCAAAGUAUGACAAAUGCGCAACAGACCCAUACAGCAUCUGUGCCAUGGACCUGGACUUCGAUUGUUGGAGUGCUAGACACUGGGGCUGGAUCGAUGAAGAAGUCUCGAAGCUCAAAAUGAUUCGGUCAAAAUUUGAAAGUCGGAUUACACCAGGCCACAGCUACAAUUUGCCCAAGCCAUAUGCAAACAGGCUCAGAGCCUUGGAAGCAUUGAUUAUCGAGCUGCUUGACACGCUGUCUCGACAUAUCCAAAUUACGCUACCUCACCGACCCGGAUUCCAACACUUGUGGGACUUCGAUUUUUCAGAUCCCACCAAGAUUGUGCAGCGCCUCAAAUGCAAAAGAACGGAUGUCGCCGUAGCUGAUGCAGAACAAUACUUCAAGGACCCCCUCAACUGGGUUAUUAGCUGCUUAGCAACCAAUCCAAAUUCUCCAGGAGUCCUCGAUCACUCUCGAUAUUUUGAAUUCCUUGAAAAACAUCUCGAAGACUGCUCGCCCAAAAAUUGUCCCGACCUGGCAGCCUUUAAUGAGAUGCAUGAUAUGCUCCGAUCACAUCGUCCUCGUGCAACGCAGAGCAAUAUCGCGGAAUUGGAAUUCAAAGCCAAAGGCCUCGAAUGGCGAUACAUGAGAAAAGGUUUGAUGAAGGAGGGAGUUGGUGACAAAUGGGGGCUCGUUCUCAGGGAGAGCUCAUUACAAGAGAUUGGUAUGGACUGGGGUUUGCUGGGAAGAUUAUUGGUACGGUUCAUGGAUCAGCCAUCCUUAUCGAAAGGUUCUCCGCUCCAGAAGCUUCGUAUUUUUUGGGACGAGCUUCGUUUACAACACACGGGAAAGUUGCGAAAGGCAGAUUUCAAGGCUGAUGAUAUCGAAUACGACAUGAGUCUGAUCAGCGCCGAUUUUCAUCCAUCUCACAUGGCAUUGGUCGAAGCCGAGAGGAAGAAGCACUUGACGAAAUCUGCUGCGACCAAAUCCACCACGGUCCAGCUGCAGAAGCCCAAAAAGAGUACGUUGGUGCAUGGACAAGGUAUGGUCGAGCCUGUCAAAGUCCCAUCAAUCACUACACAAUCUCGCUCCCAGAAGUCUGGAAAGGAAACUGCAACUUUCGAAAGCCAAACAGAAUGGGGGUCUACACCGAACGACAUCAAGCCAACCGGAGAUACCAAGGCCAAGGGAAAGACUCGUGGAAUUCCGUCUGCUAUCGCGGAUGACAUGGAUGCGCUCGGCCUUGAUGACACUCGGGAAUGCAGCGCUGUGAAAGUACUAGUGAAGAAGUCAGCGUACGAUAUACUCAUGCGCCUGUUUCCAAAUCAGAUCCAAGGCAACCAGUGCCCGCCUUGGACGUCUUUCGUCGACGCAAUGUCGAAAGUAAAAUUUACAUCGCGACAGAAUGGCGACUCUGCUGUCACUUUCCAGCCUACUAUUGGCUGUAAAUGGUACAGACAAGGUAGCAUAACCAUUCAUCGUCCACACCCACAGGCAACGAUCGAUCAUGUGAUGUUACUCUCUAUUGGAAAACGCACGAAGAAGUGGUUUGGUUGGAGCCGGGAAACUUUCGAGCUGGAGAAGUAA